GCCUCACCUCACCUCACCUCGCCCGUCUGCUCAUCUGCCCAUCUGCCCAUCUGCCCAUCUGCCCACCUCCCUCUCCCUCUCCCAUCCUAACCCAUCGCAUGAAUCACGUCGCCACUCGCCCGCAACAGGCCGCCCCCAAGAAUCUGCGCCCCCGUCGCGAUCGACACCCCCGCUAAACAAGCACCCUGGCUCGACUCUGCCGCCAUGGCUACCAGGUUUGGCAACUACCACGAUUAUAGUGGCGUCUCCAAACAACCUGCCUCUGCCACUCAUGUCGUCGACCCACGACUACAAAUCCUGGAUACGCUGAUCCCGGCCAUCUUUACCGCCAAGCACUGUUUGGAUGUGGGCGCAAAUGCAGGCAGUGUCAGUGUUCAACUCGCCUUUGACUUUGAUGCUGCCUCCGUGACCGGCGUCGACAUAGAUCCCAGCCUAGUUGGCCAGGCCGAGAAGCUUUACGCUCUGCGCGCCUCCCGCUGUCGGCCCCCUACCGCUAGUUCGCCGCCCGUUGUCGACUACUUUCCCCUCUCGGCCUUGCUCACCCAUGGCUAUCGCAUAGAGCCCCAAGGCAAGGCUGUACCCAAUCCGUCGCCUUGGUUGGCUAACAUGCCGAGCGUCAACUUUGUCGCCGCGGAUUGGGCCCUGCCCACCGGCCAGCAUCUCCAAGACACUUAUGAUGUGAUCCUAGCUUUAUCCGUCAUCAAAUGGAUCCAUCUCGAGCAUGGCGACCAAGGCCUGGUCGCCUUCUUCGCCAAAUGCAGCAACUCGCUUGCACCUGGCGGAUAUCUUGUUAUCGAGCUCCAGCCGUGGGAUUCGUAUCUCAAGGCCGUUCGCCCCAAUCACGCUCCACACUUUCAGCAAUCCUUGAACAACCUAAAGUACCGUCCAGAAGAGUCGUUUGACAAACUUCUCCGCGAUCAAGACUUACACCUCUACGCUUCAUCAGACGCCCUUCCUCGGCGCAUCAAUGUCUACCAAAAAGCGUGACGAUAUUAUCCACUGGUAGAUUUGAAAUAUCCGCCCUCUGAAUGUGGCCCUUAUAACGCUACCGAACGUUUUGGUAUUACCCAAACGUCCAUUACUAUUAGAAUUACUAUCGGUAGGGAUCCCAAAGCCAGCUGCACGUCGUUUCACACU